UACGAAUCCUGUGAAUAUCUAUGCAGGACACCACGGAGCGGGGCCCAAAGGCUCGUUGAAAACCAGUGAAACUGCGCUUAAAACUGCAAACAAAAAUCAAGAAAAAUUAGUUAAGAAGUUUGAAUAUUUUUUCGAAAUUUUUAAGCACAACAUUUUGUUGGUGCAAAAUUAAAAAAAAAAAUAAUUUAAAUAAGUUAAGGCGGCGGGAGCAAAAACAAAAUCAGCUGCCUGGGCGCAGCGGCUUCAGCUGCUCAAGCAGUGCGCCGAAUCGGGAAAUCAGUUAGCAGCAGCGAGACUUGGAGACUUGUAAACACUUUUAGGCCAUGUGCUAAAAGCCACUUACUCGCUCUGUGCCCCACCAACUGCGUCAGAGAUUGAGCACCAAGGGGCAAGCAGCAAGCAGCAAGUAGCAAGCAGCAAGCACCCAAGGCGGCAAAGGCAGAAAGCGCCAAGGUCCUUUCUUUGGUCCUUUCCUUUUUGUUUUUUUUUUUUGUUUUUUUUUGUUUUUAUAUUCAACGGCGUGACGUCACCAUGGCUCCUGGCUGCUGCAACGCACUGCUCGCCCACAUCUGGCGCCACUGCAAGCCGCUGUGCCUGCUCCUGGUGCUGCUGCUCCUCUGCGAAACCGUUCAGGCGAAUCCCGAUGCCAAGCGCCUCUAUGACGAUCUGCUGAGCAACUACAAUCGCCUCAUCCGACCCGUGAGCAAUAACACGGACACGGUGCUGGUCAAGUUGGGCCUCCGGCUGUCCCAACUCAUCGAUUUGAAUCUCAAAGAUCAAAUUCUAACGACCAACGUGUGGCUGGAGCACGAGUGGCAGGAUCAUAAAUUCAAGUGGGAUCCCUCGGAGUACGGCGGCGUCACCGAGCUUUAUGUGCCCUCCGAGCACAUCUGGCUGCCCGACAUUGUGCUCUACAACAAUGCCGAUGGCGAGUACGUGGUCACCACCAUGACGAAGGCCAUCCUCCAUUACACCGGCAAAGUGGUGUGGACUCCGCCGGCCAUCUUCAAGUCAAGCUGCGAGAUUGAUGUGCGCUACUUUCCCUUCGAUCAGCAGACCUGCUUCAUGAAGUUCGGCUCGUGGACCUACGACGGUGAUCAGAUCGAUUUGAAGCACAUCAGCCAGAAGAACGACAAGGACAACAAGGUGGAGAUAGGCAUCGACCUGCGCGAAUACUAUCCCAGUGUGGAGUGGGACAUCCUUGGCGUUCCGGCUGAGCGGCACGAGAAGUACUAUCCCUGCUGCGCCGAGCCGUAUCCGGAUAUCUUCUUCAAUAUCACCCUGAGGCGCAAGACUCUCUUCUACACGGUCAACCUCAUCAUUCCAUGUGUGGGCAUCUCCUAUCUAUCGGUGCUGGUCUUCUACCUGCCCGCCGAUUCCGGCGAGAAGAUUGCCCUGUGCAUCAGCAUCCUCCUGUCGCAAACCAUGUUCUUUUUGCUCAUAUCGGAGAUUAUACCCUCGACAUCGCUGGCACUGCCGCUGCUGGGCAAAUAUCUACUGUUUACCAUGUUGCUGGUUGGACUGAGUGUGGUCAUCACGAUUAUCAUACUGAACAUACACUACCGCAAGCCGAGUACGCACAAGAUGCGCCCCUGGAUUAGGUCGUUCUUCAUCAAGAGAUUGCCCAAACUGCUGCUGAUGCGUGUGCCCAAGGACCUGCUGCGUGAUUUGGCGGCCAACAAGAUCAACUACGGCCUCAAGUUCAGCAAGACCAAGUUCGGCCAGGCGCUGAUGGACGAGAUGCAAAUGAACUCCGGCGGCUCCAGUCCGGACUCACUGCGGCGGAUGCAAGGUCGUGUGGGCGCCGGUGGGUGCAAUGGCAUGCACGUGACCACGGCCACAAACAGAUUCAGCGGCUUGGUGGGGGCUUUGGGCGGCGGACUGAGCACCCUGAGCGGCUACAAUGGACUGCCAUCGGUGCUAUCCGGAUUGGACGACUCUUUGAGCGAUGUGGCCGCACGCAAAAAGUAUCCAUUCGAGCUGGAAAAGGCCAUCCACAAUGUCAUGUUCAUACAGCACCACAUGCAGAGGCAGGACGAGUUCAAUGCGGAAGAUCAGGACUGGGGCUUCGUGGCGAUGGUCAUGGAUCGCCUGUUCCUCUGGCUGUUCAUGAUCGCAUCCUUGGUGGGCACAUUUGUGAUCCUGGGCGAGGCACCGUCGCUAUAUGACGACACCAAGGCCAUUGAUGUUCAGCUAUCGGAUGUUGCCAAGCAAAUCUACAAUCUAACCGAGAAGAAGAAUUAAAUUCAUGUGAACGUAGACUUAAGACCAACAUUCCUAGUUUAAUGCAGUGUUUCUAGCAAAUUGAUGCGAAUGAAAAUUAAAAUAUGCCAUAAUAAAAAAAAAAAAAAACGUUGGCCCCAAAAGCAGCCAAGCAAAAUGCUGAAAUGCAAA